UGCUGGAUGCAGCCCAUCCUUUUGCAAAGUGGGGUCCUCCCCCCCAACAGGGUUUGCAUUGCAAGAUCCUUUUUGAAGCGCAGAGAUCAAGCCAGCCUCCCAUGGUGGGGGGGAGGGGAGGGGGGCGAAGACACUUGAGAUGAACCAGAAAAGGGUCCUCCCCCCAGUGCACCCUAAGUACUGUACAAAGGGAUUUUCAGCCCCACCCUGUGCAUGUUGACUCAGAAGUCAGUCCUUCUCCCUUCAAAGGGGUGGCAGCCCCAUUUCACCUAGUGAUGCUCCUCUCUCUUUAACAGCUUCUAUCUCCCUUCUCACUGCUGCCCCCUCCUGCCCCCCACCGCACCCCCCCCAGGCUCUGCCUCCUUCGGCAGGGGAGGGGUGAGCUCCUCCAGGACCCUGAUCUGCCCCCCUCCGAAAUCGGCUGCUGAAGCCCCUGCCUCAGUGGGGCAGAGAUCGGGAGGGCAAGGAGGACAGAGUCACCUCUGGAUUGGGAGAGAGGGAGGAGAUUUUGAGUUGGGUGGGGGGGUGAGAGAUGGACAAUGUCAAGGGAAAUCGGCCUCAGGCACGUCCUUAGUAAGAAAGAGGCUGAUGUGAGAGAAGGAAGCAAAAAGAAACAAUAAUUUGCUUCUCGGAAUAGGGGAGGCCCCCUCAGCUACCCUUUCAGAAAUCCUAGUCUGGCAGGCUCAGUUUGAUUUGGAACAAAGGAAAGAGCCUUUUGUGGGUUUCCCAUGUUGGGGGGUGCAGUUGGGAAGGGUUUUUGUACUGCUUUUGUGCCCCAAAACUGGAGGGAAGAGGCACAUUUUCCAUUUUCUGAAGCUUGAAAAAGCACCUCAUCAAUUUCCCUCCUGCUUGGUAAGGGAAAUGGGCCCAUGGAUAGCAGGAUUUGAAACUUUAAAAAGCUUCAAAGCAAAGACUGGAGGAAUUAAAGAAAUGCCCCCUCCCCAGCUGGACUUGGGGGAAAGAGGGGUGGGUGGAUUUUUGAUGCUGUUUCCUUCCAAAAAGAGGCUUCUCCAGGUAUCCUCUUGGGACUUUGUAAAAAAGGAGAAUUAAAGGACCCAGGGGUGGGAGAUCUGGCCUGCCUUGCAGGAUUGGCCCAGCGCAGAGGUGCUGAGGGACUUUAUCUGCUGGUUCUGGCAGCCUCACUCCUGCCUGGCCUUGUCCCCAUCCAGGUAGCCAGGAGAGUCUUAUAACACUAUAGGUGAUCUAAAGCCCACCACCUGGGCAAUGCUCACACAAGAACCCUGCAAGGUGCGCCCGGAUGACAGCCAGUUUGAUGGGCAGGGCCAGAGGACAGAGUUGGUGCAGCUAUGGAGCUGACUCUGAGCUUUGUCCAGGAGCUGCCUGCCUUCCGGGGUUUUUUUCCAGCCACACAAAAGUCACCCAGGAAGCAGCUGGGAAGCGUUGGAAAGAGGAUGUGGCGCUGGGGAAAUUCCUGAGGGCCAGAGAGAGAGACAGAGAGAAAGAGGACUUGAGAGCCAAUUUAGCCCCUGGAUCUGCGGUUCCCCAUUCUGCAGUUUGGGUGCUGGGUGCAGGGAGACCCAGUCUCACAUCCCCAUGCUCAGGAGGGAUGCCAUGUAGCCAGUUUGGACCCCCUGAUUAUUUCUCCCCGUCCUUCCUCACAGUGUAGGGAAGAUAAAAGGGUACACACACAAACACACAUACAGGUUUCGAAGACGAAGGAAUAGGGGGCCAUGAGCCACUGAACUUCAUAUCUCUGUCCCCUAAACUACAAUCAAUGUUAGCACAUAGAGUGCUCUAAAUAUUUCCAUCUUCUCCGCUUGGAUGGAGCUUCUGCAACCUGGUGCCCUCCAGAUGUUGGUUGUCUUCCAAUUGCAAAUUCUGCCCAUAAUUUAGAGUUUGCCUUAUUUUCCCAAUUCUAAAUGUAUCAAAACGUUGGAAACUGGUUUCCUGGAUGUCUGUUUGGAGGAAAGUAAAAGUGAGGUCUCUAGAGGUAUCGACCGUAAUGCUUUCUGCAAAACAUUAAAAGUUUGGGAUUUGAAGCUGAAUGUCCUCUAAAGACAGGCAGCUUAUAGUAUUACAAAGUUCCUGUAGAAAGGAUUACAGAUAUACCUCGGGUUACAGACGCUUCAGGUUACAAACUCCGCUAACCCAGAAAUAGUACCUUGGGUUAAGAACUUUGCUUCAGCAUGAGAACAGAAAUUGUACGCUGGCAGCAGCAAGAGGCCCCAUUAGGUGAAGUGAUACCUCAGGUUAAGAACAGUUUCAGGAUAAGAAUGGACCUCCAGAACGAGUUACCGGCCCUCUUGACCUUUGUGCAGGUGGCUGUGUUUUUCACGGAGGAGGAGUGGGCUCUGCUGGAUCCAGGCCAAAGAGCUCCGCACAAGGAAGUCAUGGAGGAGAAUUAUGAGAUGGUGGCCUCUCUAGCAGAGACUCUGGUACUCAGUUCUGAGCUCAUCUCCUCGCUUGGAACAGAAAAAUACAGGGAUGCUGUCCUGGACCAAUUGAGAGGUGAUGGAGAAGGCAAUCAGAAUUAUGAGGGGCCACCUGUCAAGUACUUCAGUAAAGAGAUGGAUGGAGGUGGAGAAGACAUUCCUUCGAAGAAAGCAAAGAAGUUGUGCAAGUAUCUUGAGAAAUGGGAAAGCGAAUUUAGCUUCGUGAAUAAGAGCAGAGUGGGCCACAGUUACGCAUUCUGCGCAAUUUGCAGUUGCGAUUUUAGUGUCGCCCACGGGGGAAGGACUGAUAUCACUCAGCAUGAAAAAUCGGCCAAGCACAAGCGCGGGGUAGAGGCACAGAAACAUGCCCCGAUGAUGCCCCGUCAUGCCCCGACGAUGUCCAGAUUUGCGACUAGUAAUACCACAGAGGCUGACCAGGUCAUAAAGGCAGAGGUUAAAAUGGCCAUGUUGUGUGCCAAAAACAACAUUUCUUUCACCUUCUGCGACGACUUCAACAAGUGUGUAGCUGACAUAUUCCCGGACUCUGCCAUUGCACGAAAAUAUUCUGCGGGGAAAACCAAAACUACGCAAAUAAUAAAAGGUGCCAUAGCAGCAGAGCUAGAUGACGAGUUGGCCAAAACAUGCCGAUCUCAGCCCUUUUCAUUGAUGUGUGACGAAUUGAACAGAAAAGCAGUCAAAGAAUUUGUCAUCAUGGCUAGACUCUACGAUGAGGCCAAUCUGCAGGUUGUUACCAGAUUUUUUGAGAUGCCCAUAUGCAAGGUUGGAAAUGCAGAAAAUCUUUACGAAAAGCUGAGUGAAGCAUUAAGAAAAAGAGGAAUUCCGUGGGAGAACCUGAUAGCCUUUAACUCUGAUAAUGCGAGUGUCAUGAAAGACAAACACGACUCUGUUAUCAGCAGACUGAGGACCACACAGCCCCACAUUCAGGAUCUUGGCUGCAUCUGCCACCUAGUACAGCUGGCCACUGGCUGUGCCAUCAGAGAAGCGCAGGUACCUGUUGAAGACAUCCUGGUCAGAAUAUACACCCACUUUGAUAAAAGUGCAAAAAGAUGUGAAGUCGACAAGGAGUUUGUAGAUUUUACUGAUUCAGACCACCUGAAACUGCUCAGGUACUACUGCAACACCCGAUGGCUGAGUCUGUUAACCUGCAUCCAGAGAGUGUUGAACCAAUGGGCCGCACUAACGGCCUACUUUAAUAGCCUUGAGGAGGUGGAGAAGAGCGCCAAUCUACGUGAUCUAGCCAGCCAUCUGGGUGAUCCGGUCGUGAAGAUCUACUUCUUGUUCCUGGCUGCUGCCCUUAAGCCUUUAUCUGAAUUUAAUAUUGCCUUCCAGUCAGAGGAAGUGCAGAUUCACAGGCUUGAAGAGGAGAUGUGCAAGCUGAUCAAGAAGAUCCUGGGCUUCCUCGUACCAGCCAGGACCAUGGUGGGUGUACCUCUCAGGGAGGUGAAGUAUGGAGGACAUCAGUUGGCUGAUGAAGACCUCUUUAUCGGAGAAGACACAAGGGCGUUCAUGAGAAGCACAGAGCUUCCUGUGUCUGCCGAGAAUAAAAUCUUUCAAACUGUGAGAAGAUUCUACGAAGCAGUGCUUCAGCAGAUGUUCUCCUCCUUUCCCCUCGACAAUCCCCUCCUGAGGGACUUGAAAGUGCUGGACCCAGCUGCUCGCCUUGAUGUUACUCCAGAGGCAGUGGAAAGGCUAGUGGCCCUGCUCCCUCAGUUGAACUUGAAUGAAGAUAGGCUGAGAGAGGAACUCAUUGACUACCAGCUGACAGACAGCAAGCAACUCCCCCAAGAAGAAAAAAUUGACAGAUUCUGGGGCCUGCUAGGGAAGGAUGUGAGGUUCAGGGAGCUGCCAAGAUUAAUGAAGGCUUUACUCUGUAUUCCCCACAGCAAUGCCAGUUCUGAAAGGGUGUUUAGUAUGGUGAGAAAGAUAGUUACAGAGAAUAGGAUGUCAUUAGACAACAGCACUGUUUGUGCUUUGCUUUCAUGUAAAAUCAACCACUCUGGCCCAGCCCACAAAUACACUCCUUCCAAAAGAGUGUUAAAGGAUGCAAAGUCUGCAACACGUUUGUAUAAUAAGUGGAUGCCAGAGAGCCAAAAGAGUGAACCUGACCAAUCUACCCAUGAAGAACUGAUGCUUUUGAAUUAUGGUGCUGGAGGAGAGAGUCCCAUGGACUGCAAGAAGAUCAAACCAAUCCAUUCUGAAGGACAUCGGCCCUGGCUGCUCACCGGAAGGACAGAUCCUGAAGCAUCGCAUGAGAAGAGAAGACUCCCUGGAAAAGAGACCCUGAAUUGGGGAAAGAUGAUGGUGUGUAGCCUUGGUAUAAAUUAAUUUGUAGCCUGGGGGGAUUACCGCAGUGUGGGCUGUCCCCGAGAACCGUAGACUGUCCCCAGGACAGGUGAAGCUGCUGAUCCCUUAUUUUCAAAUCUGAAAGUUGACAGCUAUGGUUAUAAGAACAGCAGCAUAAAACCCAUUUUUGUAAUUGCAAUAAAGGAACAAUGAAAACACAGGAAGGCUGAAACCAUCGUCAUGCAGAAAGUAAUCUUUAAACCUUCAUACAUUGCUUAAUCUUACUCAGCUACAACACAGGGGAAUGUGGGCAUUGUCAAUGUUGUUGUUUUUUAAAAUAUUUUUAUUGAAGAAAAAGAAUUUGUAAACAAUACAAGUUACAUAUCCGAUUACAAUUUCCCCCCCUUUCCCACUCCCUCUCCCACCCUCUAAAGACUUCCCACAGCUCCCCUCUCUGAUUUGUUUUUACAUAUUGUUUUCUGCAUGUUAUAAAACUAUUCAUAUCAUUACUUUAUCUAUCAUAUGUUCUAGUAAUAAAUUGUGGGUGUUUAUUCAAAACCUA